CGGGGUCCUUCAAGGGUCCUUUGAAUGCAUGAGGCGCGAUAUGGGAAACACUGGAAAAUAGUUUGACAGCAGGAGAGCCGAAGAGAUUUGAGCGCUGUUUGGCUCUCAUUUAUCCAAGCAACAUGUUUUCUAACGAACAAAGUUGUUGGUUUGUCCGCAAGGUGGUUUGCUGGAGAGCUGUGGCCAGUAUUGCUUGGGCUGUUCUUUUGUUGCUUCCCAUCACAGCGCUUUUUGUAGUCCUCAGCAGGUUCAGUCUGCUCCACCCCAUCCAGACAAUAUCAGAAUGCCUGUCGUUUGCAACAUCUGCAAGUGCCAUCUUCUCAUUGAUCCUGAUGUGUGGAGUGAUCAUCAUGGUGGGGUUCCUGAACCUGGAGUAUUAUACAGUCAUCCCAACAAUUGCAUGCUCAAGAAUUGCCCUGUUGGGUCAGCUGCUCCAUCCUCGCCAACUUGUACACUCGUUGGCCCACUGCAUCAUGGGAAUAAUCGUGGCUUGGUGUUGUGCCGUCGCUAUCGGGGGCAGAUAUGAGUCAAUCGGAUGCCCUUGCAUACAGAAUGAUGACACGGACAGUUUGCCUCAGAUGUGUCUGAACGAAUAUCACCUCCUCCUUCUGCUCGCUGGAGCCUUUGUUGGAUUUUCUCACAGUCUGCUCGGUGUGAUCUACAACAUGAACUAUGUCUCUUUUCACACUGUUCAGCAAUACAAAUACCUCCGCUUUAAAGGAUCCCUGCUUUUGGUGGUGAGGUGCAGCUCCACCCAAGCACUUUACUCUGUCAGGAACUACAUCGUUAUGUAUUUCUUUUUGGGAUAUAUUCCAAAGGCAUGGAUUUGUAAAACACUGAAUCUUCAUUUAGAAAGCUCUGUCCACCCUCUGGACAGCAUAGCUGGACUGCUGGACCUCUCCCUCCUCUACCACCAGUGGAUCAGUGCCAGCUUCCUUCUUUUCACAUGGCACGUCACACUGCUGCUUUUUAGGAUAUUUGUCACUGAGGUGUACAGUUUUCCUGUGCAGUCAUCCUUUACCGAAGAUGCCCAUCAGUGUCUCCCUAAAGUUCUUACGGACAAGCAGCCAAUGAUAUUGAAGUUCCUAGCUCUGCAAGACUUUGCUCUGCUGUCCCAACACUCUCCAUCAAGACGCAGUGAGGUCUUCAGUCUGAGUCAGCCAGGUGGCCAUCCUCACAAUUGGAACGCCAUAACUAAGGAGUGUCUGUCUCUGCUGGCUGAUCUGACCCAGAGACUCGUAGCUUACCAUGACACCGUAGCAACCAAUGGCAGGUCCAAAUCACUGUCCACUGGGAGCGAAAGGAAGACUUCAUCUGAGUCAUCAGGAACCUCGGGCCCAGAGGAUCUGAUGAGCCCGAGGCCAACCAUGCUGUUGAGAACUCCCGCUUCUGUGUUUGCACGCUCCGUUGGGGGCUUCCCACAGAGCCCUUUGACGGCGCCCUUCACUCCCGACCUGGACAGCCCUUUCUCUUCUCCCGCCCUGCGCCGCCUCACCGCACCAAUGGACCAAUGCUCGCCGUGGUUUGGCACAGUGCAAAGCCCGCACAUCAUGAGGAGAGCUCCAAAGCUCUGGUCCACCUCCACAGAUUCGCAGGUCAAUGGCAGCCCCCCAGCAUCCCCUGCCUCGGCUCCCAGUCCCAAGCAGGAGCCGUCCAAACCAAGCCGCCUGGCUCAGUUCCUUCAGAACAGAAAAGAACAGGUUAAGAAUUUCUUGGCAAAACGCGCGCUGAUAAUGUAUUUGUUUAACAAGCUUCCAGAAGCUUCCAGUCAAGCUCUGUUUGCAGACAGUCAGGCUCACAUCUGGGCCUUAGAAGGGCUGUCUUACCUUGUUCAAGCCUCCUUCUCAGAAGACCAGUUUGGUGUUGUACAGACUACAUUACCCAGCAUUCUUGGUUGCAUGCUGGUCUUGCAAGAGGCGGUCGAUCGGCACUUCAAGCUGCCUCACGCCUCCAGUAAGCCCGUCAGGUCGGCCGGCAGCUUGGGGGAAUCUACCCACAAAACCCUCCGCUUUGCUCUCAGAGCCACUCUCAAGACGUCCAUCUACAGGAUAACAUCUACUUUUGGGAAUCACUUAAAUGCUGUCAAGAUGUCUGCAGAGCACCGGAAAAGAUUGCAGCUGUUUCUGGAGUACAAGGAGUAACGCGACUGCCGCUGUUGUGCCGUCCCGAUUCUUAUUGCGGUGAUGUGUGUGUGCGCGCCCAUUAGCAGAACUGAGGCAACAAGUGAAAGCCCGUGAUAGUGCCUCUUUUAAUAUUUAUGUCAGUGCGGAUUGUAUCCAAUAGGCUAGAUGUCAUCUCCAACACGCGUCCUGCCCAACUGACAGACUGAGACCGGUUGGAAGCGCAGCUGUUUCCUCCUGUGUUUGGGAGAGUGAAACCAGCUCACUGUAAAGAUGAGCAAUUCUGAAAGACAUUUGCUUUAUUUGUAUUAGUCAUAGCUGAUCUUCAUCAAGUGGGAUGAGUUUUAAAGGACUAUGUUCGCUGCAUUGGUUGUAAAUUAUGUACAUUUGUUUGUUUGUUUUGGUAUUAAACCUGGUCCGUCUCAUGGAA